UUCUAGCCAGCUGAAUGACGUCUCGCAGGGAAUGGGGGCUGAAAACUCGGCGCACAGUGAUUCCUUCGCUGUGACUCAUUCCUUUUGUAUAAACACAAGCGGUUGCAGGGACCGAGAGUCAGUGUUUUAAUUAGCUGGAUUUUUCUCCUAGUCGGCCGCUCGUUUCAGCUCGUUUCUUUUUCUUUCUUGUUAUUUGGAGACUGUGGAGAUGAUAUGCAACCCCGGGGGAGACAGACACCACAGCCGAGCGAUGCGUCUCUGCGCUCCCGUGGAGUUGGUCUGAGCACGAAGAAUGUCACCUACUUCUGCCGGUCCUAACAUCUAAGUAUUGAUCCUGAAAGAUAAUUCCUUAAAAAAUCACUAUAUUUCUAAUCUUGUGCAAUCACUGCUUCAGGUAGUGACGAUUGCAGCAGCUUUAUUGCGUUACGCGCUUGGAAAUCAGCAUAAAUAGACUAAAUUAAGCCAGUUCAUCAGAAGCGGGUGGUUAUCUUCUAUUACUGAUGUUUUCUGACUAAUGGAUGGAGCGUCUCUUUCCGAGGGAACUGUAUUACCGUCAGGAGCUUCACUGUUCAACAAGCUGCACCGCUCACUCCUGGCAGCGACGCGAUGGGCGCAGUUUGUCUGAACCAUCCACUGCGUCUCGGUUCUUCAGCCCAGCUUGUUGAAUCUCCUCCUUGCUGAAAAAUAAUGGAUUCGUUUUAACAAACUUAUUUUACCCCUGUGGUUCUACAUUCCGCGCAUUGCAGACUCAAUUUUUCCCUAAAAGUUGAUCAUGGCUGGUCCAGGUUCGUGCGUGAAACUGAGCACUAUAUGGAGAGCGUUUUUGCUCAUGAGGACUGUGGUAGAUUUCGCGCUGCCUCAGGAGACUUAUGCGCCCCAUUCAAUACGGACUGAGGGGCACCUGACCCUCGGUGGACUCUUCCCGGUGCAUGCCAGGGGAGCCGAUGGCAUGCCGUGCGGGGACCUCAAAAAGGAGAACGGGAUCCAGCGGCUUGAGGCCAUGAUGUACGCUUUGGACCAAAUUAACCAGGACAAUACACUCCUACCCAACAUCACCUUAGGCGCCCGGGUGCUGGAGACGUGUUCGAGGGAUACCUACGCACUGGAGCAAUCUUUAACUUUCGUUCAAGCCCUGAUCACGAAGGACACCUCCGACGUGAGAUGCACUAACGGGGAGCCACCGGUGUUUGUCAAGCCUGAAAAAGUGGUGGGAGUCAUCGGAGCCUCGGCGAGCUCAGUAUCGAUUAUGGUUGCCAACAUCCUACGCCUCUUUCAGAUCCCGCAGAUAAGCUAUGCGUCAACAGCCCCGGAGUUGAGUGAUGACAGGCGCUAUGACUUCUUCUCACGGGUGGUUCCUCCAGACUCGUUCCAGGCCCAGGCCAUGGUGGACAUUAUCCAAGCCCUGGGCUGGUCCUACGUCUCUACCAUCGCCUCAGAGGGCAGCUACGGAGAGAAGGGCGUGGAGGCCUUCACACAACUCUCCAAAGAAGCAGGUGGAAUCUGCAUGGCCCAGUCGUUGAAAAUUCCCCACAACCCCAAGCUGGAGGAUUUUGACAAAGCCAUUCAACAACUGCUGGAAACGCCGCACUCGCGGGCAGUCAUCAUCUUCGCCAGUGAAGAAGACAUACGGGGAGUUCUCAAUGCCACCAAGAGAGCCAAUCAGGUGGGCCAUUUCCUGUGGAUUGGAUCUGACAGCUGGGGGUCCAAAGGCAACCCCAUCCUCCAGCUCGAGGAUGUAGCAGUGGGAGCCGUCACGAUCCUGCCCAAACGCUCCUCCAUCGAAGGGUUUGAUGAAUACUUCACUGGGCUCACUCUGGAGAACAACCGCAGAAACGUGUGGUUUGCUGAAUUCUGGGAGGAAAACUUUGACUGCAGGCUCCUCAGUGCCUCGAAGAGAGAGGAUACGAGCCGUAAAUGCACAGGCAAGGAGCGCAUCGGUGCAGAUUCUAAGUACGAGCAGGAAGGCAAGGUGCAGUUUGUGAUUGACGCGGUGUACGCCAUGGCCCACGCUCUGCACAACAUGCAUAGAGACUUGUGUCCUGAUCAUCCUGGCGUGUGUCCACACAUGGACACUGCCGAGGGAAAGAUUCUGCUGAAGUACAUACGAAACACCAGCUUCAACGGCAGUGCCGGCACCCUCUGUUGUGUUUAACAAAAACGGCGAUGCUCCAGGACGCUAUGACCUGUACCAGUUCCAGAUGACCAACUCCUCCACCCCAGAGUAUAAGAUAGUAGGACAGUGGGUGGAGAACCUCCAGCUCAGGCUGGAGGAGCUUCAGUGGCCAGAUGGGGAGCAGGAGGUGCCAAUCUCUGUGUGCAGCCUGCCCUGCAAAACUGGAGAGAGGAAGAAGAGGGUAAAGGGCAUGCCAUGCUGCUGGCACUGUGAGCUAUGUGAUGGCUACCAGUACCAGUAUGAUGAGACUUCCUGCAGACUCUGUGCCUACAACAUGAGGCCCAAUCCCAACCGAACCGCCUGCCAGCCCAUUCCAAUUGUCAAACUGGAGUGGCACUCUCCCUGGGCAAUCAUCCCCGUCUUCCUGGCCAUGCUGGGG